CCUCCCUUCCCUGAGCACGGCUCUGAUUUUCUGAAGUUGCCUCACUUCCCGGUAGGUGACCGGCACGGCUGAGCCCCGGCUGCUCUUCCCGCUCCAACCGAGAACUGCCCACUAUGGCGGAGGUGCUGAGCCUGCAGCUGCUGACUCUCUGGCUGGUGUGUCCUGCAGACAUCACUCCAGCUGCUGCGCGUGCGUCUCCUUGGGCUCCCGGGAAGUCCGAGGACCCAGGCAGCCACGUUUACUUAGGCUCCCCAGCCUCCAGCCCCAGGCCGUGGCUGGGCGCUCAGCCCGCUGCUGUUGUGACCCCCGGGGUCAAUGUCACCUUGAGGUGCCAGACACCCCAGCCCGCCUGGAGGUUUGCACUCUUCAGGUCUGCAGAGCCCACUGCUGUGAUUCACCGGGAUGUACCUGCGGAACAGGCGGAGUUCUUCCUGGAGGAGGUGACCCCAGUCCAGGGGGGCAGUUACCAAUGCUGCUACUGGAGGCGAGGCUGGGGGCCAGAUGUCUGGUCCCACCCCAGUGAUGCCCUAGAACUGCUGGUGACAGACGAGCUGCCGCGCCCCUCGCUGGUGGCGCUACCCGCGCCGGUGGUGGCGCCCGGGGCCAACGUGAGCCUGCGCUGCGCCGGCCGCCUACGGGGCAUGAGCUUCGCGCUCUACCGCGAGGGCGAGGCGGCCCCGCUGCAGUACCGGGACUCGGAGCAGCCCUGGGCGGACUUCCCGCUGAUCGGCGCGCGCGCGCCCGGCACCUACAGCUGCUACUACCACACGCCCUCCGCCCCCUACGUGCUGUCGGCGCGCAGCGAGCCGCUGGUGGUCCGCGCCGAGGGCUCGGGCGCCUCGGACUACACGCAGGGCAACGUCCUCCGCCUGGCGCUGGCGGGCCUGGUCCUCAUCUCGCUGGGCGCCCUGGUCGUUUUCGACUGGCACAGCCAGAAUCGCGCCUCUGGCAACGUCUGAGCCUGAGCCCGGGCGGGCAGAGAAGACUUCCCAGAGAGGAAGGAGAAGACGCUGCUGGGGUCCCAUGGCUGGACCGGCCCUGCCAGCAGCCCCGCAGCCCAGCUUCCCGAGUAAUACUGACCUUGCACCGCGCCCUGGAUCGUCCUUCUGGGUCGUAUCUCCAGGACCUCCCAGAUCGGUAGAAGGCACUGUCGAUGGUUAAGCCUUCCUAACCAGUAAGUCCUGAGAUCGAAUCCCAGUGCCGCUACUCACUCCUUGUGGGAUAUUAGGAAAGCGACACUUCCCAGCCUCCGCCGCCCUGGCAGGAAAACGGAAGCUUUGGAAAUACUUGAUUAGGAUUACGUCGACAAUGCUCAAUAAAUGUCAGCUCCUGUAUAGGAGCUGCUUCUCUCAGACUCACAGAACCGAACGAAAUUCUCGUUGUGAUUGUUGCUUUUCACUUGUUCAUGCUCCAACUCACCUUUUUUUUUUUAUUAUUAUUAUUAAUAUAUGUAUUCUUUAUUUGGCUGCUAUGGGUCUUGGAUGUGGCAUGUGGGAUCUAGUUCCCUGACCAGGGAUUGAACCUGGGCCCCUGCAUUGGGAGUGUGGAGUCGUAGCCACUGAGCCACCAGGGAAGUCCCUCCAGCUCACCUUUUUAAACAAGUCACCAUCAUUCUCUUCAUGACAUCACUCUUGGUGGCCACACAAACCUCUUCCAAAGUCCUGUGCAGAUCUUCCCCAGAGGAAGACCAAGUUCAGACCCUGCGGAAUUUCUUCUCCGAUUACAGAUUCAUGGGCUCACAGCUACUUUCCCCAGCCCACCUUAUCAGUAAGAGGCAGGGUCUGUUGCCCAGGCAACAGCCAGUGGCGUCUGUGCAGUCGACCUUUGACCUGGACCCUAAACUCUCCCUUCUGGAAGCCCUGGCUACUCCCAUAGUUUCUCCUGAGUUUAUUAAUUUAAUUCUCAUUUUAUCUGGCAAUCUGAUGCCUUUCUCGUGCUCAUACACACAUUUUCCAUUCCUAAGCAAGUCUUAAUCACUCACUCAUGUGUUCUUGAUUUAUGCCUAAUUUUGGUGGAUCACAUCCUCUUCCGUUUUUACUAAAAUUCUCAACUUCUCCUUUCUCUCUUCCUACUUUACGGAGGAGAAGAUUACUUCCUUUUUUUUUUUUUUUAUUUUGGACAACCACAGCCCCACCACUCACUGGGUGGAUAGCUUUGAACAACCUACAGAUCCUUCUGAGAUUGCACCUGUGAAAGGAGAAACUAAAAACAUCUCCCAUGUCAAUUCUAGAGAGAAUUAAAGCAGGGGUCCCUACCCUGUGGGAUCUAAUGCCUGAUGAUCUGAGGUGGAGCUGAUGCAAUAAUAAUAGAAAUAAAUGAUGCACUUGAAUCAUCCUGCAACCAUCGUACCCCCCUCGGUCUGUGGAAAAACGAUCUUCCACGGAAUUGAUCGCUGGUGCCAAAAACAUUGGGGACCGCCAAAUUAAAGCAAUACCUUGUCCCCAACACGUGAAGAAUUGAAACAAAACAGGACCGGAUGGUCAUUGCCCUGCCCCAAUGUCCUCUGCCUGCUUUUUGUCUGUGGGAAAUGUUAGUCAAAGACUAAGUUUAAUCAGAGAAAUGAGAACGUGUGAAAACAAAGGAAAGCUGUCAAAAGGAGACCAAAUAAUAAUAAUGUCAUUAAGCAUAGUCGAGGACACUUAGUUCUUUCUCAAGGGCUGUGGAUAUUAUUCUGAGCCAUAUCCUGUGAGCUGUCUUAUAGAUACUGAAACCCCAGGUGGAGAAGUUAACUACAUGAUGGCCAGACUCUACCCAGGACAUGAGCUGCCACGUGGUCAUGGCAUGUGGUCAGCUGAGAACUGACCACGAAGAAGUGGGAACAAGUGGACCCUGGAACUGAAGAUUCAGUUCAGUUCAGUUCAGUCGCUCAGUCGUGUCCAACUCUUUGUGACCCCAUGAAUUGCAGCACGCCAAGCCUCCCUGUCCAUCACCAACUCCUGGAGUUUACUCAGACUCAUGUCCAUCGAGUUGGUGAUGCCAUCUAGCCAUCCCAUCUUCUGUCGUCCCCUUCUCCUCCUGCCCUCAAUCCCUCCCAGCAUCAGGGUCUUUUCCAAUGAGUCAGCUCUUCGCAUGAGGUGGCCAAAGUAUUGGAGUUGCAGCUUCAGCGUCAGUCCUUCCAAUGAACACCCAGGACUGAUCUCCUUUAGGAUGGACUGGUUGGAUCUCCUUGCAGUCCAAGGGACUCUCAAGAGUCUUCUCCAACACCACAGUUCAAAAGCAUCAAUUCUUUGGCGUCCAGCUUUCUUCACAGUCCAACUCUCACAUCCAUACAUGACCAGGAACUGAAGAUUAGCUGUGCCUAAAACAACCAAGAUGCUGCUGCUCAGACCACUGAUGGCCAGUUUGAAGAUAACUUUUAGAGAUGACUGUGCUGUUUCUGCAUGUAGCACCCCCCGACUCCCACCAUCUGUCUGUAAGAGCUAUCAGCCCCUGCUUGUCCGCGGAGGGAGGCGGGGAGCUGGCUCUCCACUCAGUUGCCAGCAUCUGAAAUAAGGCAAACUUUCCUUUCCACCAACCUGGCCUGUUUAUUGGCUUUUGAGUGGCGAGCAGCCGGAUCCACAAAUUCCUUUCAGUAACAGGUGUUGGUGCCCAGCGUGGAGCUGGUUACAGCUGCCUCCUGGGCUUUCAUAGCGCCUGGCUCUCCUGGGUCUUCUAGGGGAGAGCUGUGGCCACAACAGCAUAUCGACCUGCUGCUAAGUGGUUAGCUAGCUCCGAGUAGGAGGUCUGGGGGAUGUUCCCAGCAGCUGCCAAAACCUUUUGCUUUGAGGAUCCUCCUUGUUUCUCCCCUGUUCGGCACUGGCUGCCAACUCAAUACUUUUCUUGGUGGGAUGAAAACUUGCAUUUGGGAUGAGCAGACAAGCUCCAAGACCUGAUAAGCCCACGGGUGUGCACACAGCCAGCCUUCCCAUUUGUGAGUGCUAGCACUAUUUGGUGGGGAAGGCAAUGGCACCCACCCCAGUACUCUUGCCUGGAGAAUCCCAGGAGCGGAGGAGCCUGGUAGGCUGCAGUCCAUGGGGUUGCUACGAGUCGGACACAACUGAGUGACUUCACUUUCACUUUUCACCUUCACACAUUGGAGAAGGAAAUGGCAACCCACUCCAGUGUUCUUGCCUGGAGAAUCCCAGGGAUGGAGGAGCCUGGUGGGCUGCCGUCCAUGGGGUCGCACAGAGUCGGACACGACUGAAGCGAUUUAGCAGCAGCAGCAGUGCUAUUUGGGCACUUUGCCAGUUGGUUCUGACCUGUGUCUGAUGUUGAUGAUCAUUUGUGAGCGCUGACUGCGAUCUGGGCAUUUUUGCCCAUUGGUUCUGACACCUGUCUGCUGUUGCGGGCCGUUGGUGAGUGCUGAGUGUCAUUUGGGCGUUUUGCCAGUUGGUUCUGACAUCUAUGAUUGAGAGCCGUUUCGGGGACGGGUUUGUUUGCGAUUCUACGGGUCACCCUCGGAGAGAGGUUGUGACUGAUCUGUCGUUUGGCGUGUGAGUGUGUAUUCCAUUUGGGUGACUGGUACUCUUGUUGCCUUAUGUAAAAUGGGAGAUUCAGGUUCAAUUCAUUAAGAAAAAAUUUAGCUAUAAAAUUAUGACAAAAGAAUGAUUUUUUUGGACAAUGUAUGGCAGCAGUAUUCUUCAGGCUCCAGAGAAAACUGGUUAAGAUGAAACUCUUGAAAUUCCAAAAAACCAUUUCUUUUUGCAUAUGCAAUUACAGAAAUCUAGUUUGAUAAAACUCUUUUAUCAGACCCUGGGAAAACAAAAAUGUGCCUAGGAGAAAAUCUGAAGUUAGUGGUUAUCAUGUCCUUGAAAUACAAACACAGUCCACUUUGCCUGGAUCUUCAGCCUUGGGUUAAAUAUAAAACUUCAAGUCAAGGAAAAAGAAAAGAUAGAAGCCUUUUAAAACUGAGAAUGUAAAUUUUACUAUUCUAUUAUCCAUAAAUUGGUAAGUUUAAUUGCAAUGCCUAAUUCAAUAAAUGUAAAAAGAUGAAGCAAAGAGAUCUCUGUUUGUCUGGAGGUUUGUAUGUCUCAACAUGUGUUUUUUGCCAUUAGAUAACAUUGCUGAGGUUUAUUUGUAAAGGGGCUCUAUUUAAUUGGCCUUAAAAAAUAUAAGUGCUUACAAAUCAAACAAAUCUAAGUUUACCUACUUUUGUCUUCUCAUAAGACCAAGAGGGAAACUAAAGAUGUUUGGGUUUAUUAAACAUGCAUGAUGUACCAUUAAAGAAAAAUUAUGCUGUGAAAAAAUAUAUACUUUUAGAAGUAUAAAAUAUGUUCUUUAAGUUUGCAGUCAGAAAGUGCUGGCAUAUCAUUUCAAUCACUUGGUUUUGUUAAGGUUUCAAGGGUUAAAAAUUGUGAUAUAUGAAAAUGAUAAGGGAAACAUUUCUAUGUGUAAAACAAGUAGAACAUGUGUUGUUGGUGAAGAGAAAGGAUAAAGAACAGAGGUAUUUUUGAUGGAAAAAAAAUUGUAAUUAUUUUGUCCUACAGUUGUUUGUUUCUGGAUGAGAAAAUACAGAACAAAGUUGUUUGGAUCCAGAAAUGAUAAAAGAUUUAUGAAAAAGGAACUUUGAAAAAAGAAUUUUGUAUGUUGUCAGGAUUAAGAUUAGACUGAAUUUAAUUAGGCUUAUGAAUGUCGUUACUAACAGUAAAAUGAUACGAGACUGAAUUUAUUUUGUUUUGUCUCUGUUAAGAAAGCAGAGUUCUCCUAGAAUAUUGAUCUGAUUUUGAUAACAGAGACUGCUGAUGGAAAGUAAUUAUUUUGUUUCUAAUCCUACUUCUGACCCCAAUGUUCAGGAUAGAAAAAUUCCCCAAUAAAGUUGUCACAGAGUAUAACUAUU